AUACAAAUACUUCCAGUACUUACGGGGAUCAUUCGAUGCACUAUGAAAAUGGGUACGGACUGAAUCAAUACGAACAAAGUCAGCAUGGACAAAACUCGAUAUACCACAACUCAUGGUACAGUUCGAACUCCGGUAUCGAGAACGGACAUCAACAGCUCCAAUCCCAGAAUCCUAGCCAGCAGCCUACGGUGAUGUCCCAGCAUCACGAGAACGAGGCGCCUCCUCCAUAUUCUUUGGAGGCUGAAGCAGCGGCUACUACUUUGAUGCAGCUAAUACAAGCAAGUCAAGAAUCACGAAGUCCGACCAUCUUCGAACCACAACCUCAGCGACCACAAGUCUGGGAUGGCGUUCAUGAAUCAUUCCAGUGCCAAGCAGAUUCAAGUCUACCUCCACCCCCAGACUCUCUAGAUGAAAAUCUGGACAAAGAAAUAGAAAGGUGGACUCGAGAGCCGCUUGAAGAUGUUCGCUACAUGGAACCGCCGGAGGUAGCUCUGCGAGAUUCACGUCGGAUCGAAUUUGAUCGUACAAUGCGUCGGGUUAGGGAAGAAAUACAAGCAAAUAGGCGAAGCGUUGAACUCCAUCGCCGGAGACAGAAUGGUCAGGUCGACAUCAUGCGAGUGGACAGUCUAAUGAACUAACUUGGUUCUCGAGACCACGAGAUUCUCGAAUCUUUUAUCAAACCCUGAGCCCUCAACUUCAGGAGUAAUCACUUCCGACCAGACGAGCUUUAGACCGUCAUAUGCGCAAAUUGCGCGGCAACCGUAUGUUGAAAUUCGAGUCAAUGGAGCUUCAACCGCUACUCAUUUCUUGUAAGGCAUUCGAAUGGAGUCGACUCAAGUUAUAGCAACCUAAAUUUGGGACCGAGAUGUGAGAGCUUAUUGAACAAGCUAACAGAUCAUAACCCGAGUUCCGGGGUGUUUAAAGCCCUCAACAAUUCACAGAAUCUAAUCAAUGGCGCCUGAAGCGUCUGAAGACGCC